GUGAGAAAGUGACUCACGAAACGUUCAGUAUUUGACCUCCUUGACAACCAUUCGCAAAAAUAUCAGAGGUCGAGCGAACAACGUCAUGCAGGCCGACUCACAUACGGCGAAAUACUGCAGAGAUCGGCCGAAUUUCUCCAUACCCAAAAGAUCCUGGUCGAGUAGUGCACAUUCAACAUCUUAGUCAUCAGAAAAACAUCCUUGGAUUCUUGUACCUGAUAUCAACGGCCUCUCCGCAUGGCGCCCAAAUCAGGUAAAGCUGCCGGAGGAAAGGGCAGAGCGGGUGAGGAAGGCAAAGAGGAACCUUUACAGGCCGUCAUCAUUGCCGACACCUUCGAGACAAGAUUUGCACCAUUUACACUAGAGAGACCCCGGUGUCUAAUACCCGUCGCCAACACACCCUUAAUCGAGUACAGCCUCGAAUACUUGGCCAGUGCUGGAGUCCAAGUCGUCUACAUCUAUGCGGGUGCUCAUGUCGACCAAGUGGAAACAUACAUUGAAGCCUCCCGAUGGAAAUCACACAAGUCGCCGUUCGGAAGCGUCUCUUUCCUCAGAUGCAUUGCUAGCUCCGUGGGUGAUGUGAUGCGUGAUCUGGACCAAAAGCAUCUGAUGGCUGGCGAUUUUAUCAUCAUUAGCGGCGAUGUCAUCUCCAAUUUUCCCAUCGAAAAGGCUUUGAAGCAGCACAAGGCAAGGAGAGAAAAGGACAAAAACGCCAUCAUGACAAUGGUACUUCGCGAAACUUUACCAGGCGUCCACGAGCAUCCUGGAGGAAUCGUCCCGACAUUUGUUAUAGAUCCAACCAAGGACCGAUGCUUACACUACGAGGAAGCUUUAUCUGGUGCUCAACCGGCGGCACAUGUUGACCCAGAACUCUUGAAAUCACCAGAGCUUGACGUCAGACAGGACCUUGUUGAUUGCAGGCUCGAUAUCUGCACCCCUGAUGUUCUCAGUCUAUGGUCCGACAAUUUUGACAAUCAAGCCCCUCGGAAAGAAUUCCUGUACGGUGUCCUGAAGGACUAUGAGCUCAACGGCAAGACCAUCCACACAUAUAUCGUCAAAGAUCAUUACGCUUCACGGGCGGCUGAUUACUGGUCUUAUAACGCCAUUUCACAAGACUUGAAGCAGGGCUUAGUUGCCUCACUCGCGGUCGAGAACAACGUCUUUGGAGACACGCACUACGAUCGCUCUCAGCGAGGGGAUAUUGUUGACCGAUCAGUGAUCAAGGUGAGGCCGACGAAGCUUGCUGCUGGCGCUAUUGUUGGUCCUGACUCCAGUGUGGGAGCGGGAUGUCGCAUUGCCAACAGUAUCAUUGGCCAACGUUGUCAUGUUGGCAAGAACACAAGUAUCGAUGGUGCUUAUAUCUGGGAUGAUGUCACUAUUGGCAACAACGUCACCAUCAAGCGGGCCAUCAUCGGCAACGAGGCCUUUGUAGGUGACAAUUGCGUUAUUGAAGAAGGUGUUCUGGUUUCUUAUGGCGUCAGGAUUGCACCAGGGACUACGGUACCAGCGCAAGCCCGGAUUUGCAAGCCGCAACAAUUGUCGGAUGGCGAACAGAACGAUCAAGACUUGGUUGGAGCUGAAGGAGGUGAAGGUCAUGCAUACGUUGACGACGAAGACGAUUUUGUUGCUUCGAGGGCCUCACGGCUGCUGUAUGGCAAGCCUGAAUUUGCCGCAUCGGCGUCAACAUUGGAUUCGGAUAUUUCAGAAGGAGAGCUGUCUUCAAUGGAUGGCUCACGAAGACAGAGCUUCGCCACUACCAUGUCUGACGAAGACACCAGUGAUCGAUUCCAGCAUGAUACUGUGGCCAUUCUCCUACAGAGAUUGCAGGAAGGGAAGCAAGCUGAUGAUAUGCUGAGUGAGCUAAUGGGACUCCGCUUCAGUGGAGGGGCCGACGAGGCACAGGUUCGCAGGGCAGUUGCAAUCGCAAUGAUGAAGCACGUUAAUAGCGAGGUUGAAGGCGGUCUUUCUGCCGCUGAUGUUUCCAGACAUGUUCUCACUGCUUACAACACACUCAUCCGACGCAAGGGGGCAGCGCAGACCACGGAAGAACAGGUUCUCUUCUUAUUGGAGGCUCAAAGAGACCUAACCAGAAGAAAAGACGGCGGUAAGACACUCUUAUUUGUCCUCAAGGAUUUAUAUGAUCUGGAGGUAUUUGGGGAAGAAGCAUUCACCGAAUGGUGGGCAGAUGAAAGAUCAGGCAGCGGAGAGGAGAUGGCGGCACUGAGACAACAGUCUUCACAGUUCAUCGAGUGGUUGGAGAAUGCGGAGAGCGAGAGCGAAAGUGAGGAAGACGAUGACGAUGACGAUGACGAUGAGUGAUAGAGCAACUGCACAAGACUCGAGGCAUGGAAACUCGAACAGACGACGAGGCUUCCACUCAGACUUAACCAUGAAGAAGCACUGGUUGCUGCCUGCCAAAUCUUGGUCAUGUCCGGUGCAUCAGGCCGGAUCACGAGAUGAUCAGUAUCAGGCAGCUGCGAUCAUCUCAUCUUCACAGCAAUCAAACAGUGACCCAGCAGAAAAAAUUCUGACGGAAAGAAAAUCGCAGACGCAGGGGGGCAAGGCUGAGGCAAAAGUGAAUUGAGGGUUUGUCAGAGAAUCCAAGGCACUGUCACGUGAAGAGCCAUUUCUCGGUGAUGACGGAGAACGGCACGAGUGCCACAUGGUCGCUACGAGAACUAGAUUAUUACCUAAAGUACUACGGCGGGCGCCUUUUGCCCGCCUUGUCAACUUAGCGA